AUGGCUCCAACUCCUCUCGAGAAUACCAGCAGCUCCACUGCAGGGGAACUAGUUGGGUCAGAUUCUAACAGUGCCGGUGAUGGGGAAACUGAUGGACUAUGUAGACCUAAUGAGGAUAUACCUAAUGCAGAAGGAAACAAGGAUUGCAAUGCUGGGAUAUCUCAUAAUGUUGACAAUGAUGGUGAUGAUAUGAUUGAGGAGCCAAAUAAGAGGAUGGAGUUUAAUACGCAUGAAGAUUUAGUGAAUUAUUAUAAAUCUUAUGCUAAGAAGUGCGGGUUUGGGGUGAUGACAAAAAGGACUGAGAGGGAUGAAGACGACACAGUUAGGUAUGUCACCCUUGCUUGUGCUCGUGGUGGUAAGGCCCGUGAUAGAACUGUCAAUGUCGCCAACCCAUGUCCGACAGGAAAGACGGAAUGUAAGGCAAAAAUUAAUGCCCUGAAAUGUGAUGGAAAACUUCGGUUGACUACGGUUCAUAAUAUCCAUAACCACGGUCUUAGUCCCAAAAAAUCAAGGUUUUUUCGAUGUAAUAGAGAAGUAAGUGAUGCCGUAAAAAGAGUUCUAGAUACAAAUGAUAUGGCUGGUGUCCGAAUGAACAAAAGCUUUAACUCUUUAGUGGUUGGCGCGGGCGGGUUCGAGAACCUUCCGUUUUUGGAGAAGGAUUGUCGUAAUUACAUCGACAAGGCAGGACAUCUAAGACUUGGCGCAAGUGGUGCUGGUGCACUUCAAGAGUAUUUUUGUAGAAUGCAAUACAAAAAUCCUGCUUUUUUUGCAUUGAUGGAUUUAGAUGAUGACGGGAGGUUAAAGAAUGUCUUUUGGGCAGAUCCUCGAAGUAGAGCAGCUUACCAAUAUUUCGGUGAUGUGGUGACAUUCGAUACCACAUAUCUGACGAAUAUAUAUGGGAUGCCGUUUGCACCGUUUGUUGGUGUAAACCACCAUGGGCAAUCAAUUCUCUUGGGAGUCGGUUUGAUUUCUAGUGAGGAUACGGAGACCUUUGUGUGGUUAUUCCAAACUUGGUUGCAGUGUAUGGAUGGUAUAGCUCCCAAAGUUAUAAUCACUGACCAAGAUCGGGCGAUGAAAAAUGCAAUAGUAAUUGUUUUCCUAAAUACCCAACAUAGAUUUUGUUUGUGGCAUAUACUGAAGAAAGUCCCCGAGAAGCUUAGCUCCUAUGCUUCUUACAAAAUUGGGAUGAAAAAUUUAUUGAUGAAAUGUGUGUAUGACAGGCAAAGUGUUGAGGAGUUUGAGACGGCUUGGGCUCAGUUAAUUAUCAUGUACAAUUUGUAUGAGAAUGCGUGGUUGUAA